GUCAAUGUCAUGUCCAUGUGUAAGGUGUGAGCCAAGGAUAAUGUUGUGUGUUUAUUACUUACUGUCCUGAAUUUUGUAUAAUAUUACUAAACAAUUAAAUCAAAAUGCAACACGACGAUGUUGUUUGGGCGAUCAUCAAUAAAACGCACUGUUCCCAUAAAGUAACAACCAAGACGCAACACUUUUGUCGCAAUGAAUAUAACCUCACAGGUUUGUGCAGUCGAUCUUCAUGUCCACUUGCAAACAGUAAAUAUGCUACCAUUAGAGAAGAAAAUGGUAUCAUUUAUUUGUUUAUGAAGACGGCUGAAAGAGUAAUGUUUCCAGCCAAACAAUGGGAAAAGGUUAAAUUGUCAAGAAACUUUGAAAAGGCCAUCUAUCAAAUAAACGAAAAUCUACUAUACUGGCCUGCCUUCAUCAAAGCAAAAUGCAAGCAAAGAUUUGUGAAGAUAACACAAUACUUAAUUAGGAUGAGGAAACUCAAACUGAGACGAGUGAAAGAGUUAGUUCCAAUACAACGCAAGAUAGAAAGACGUGAGCGACGUAGGGAGGAGAAAGCAUUAGUGGCAGCCAGGAUUGAUAAUGCCAUAGAGAAACAACUGCUAGAGAGGUUGAAGAAAGGAACUUACAAUGACAUUUACAACUUCCCUCAAAUGGCCUUCGAUGCUGCCCUCAAAGCUGAAGAAGUUUCCAGUGAGAGUGAGAAAUCAGAAGAUGAAGAAGAAGUAGAGAGAGAGAUGGAGCCAGAGUUAGAAAGAGAACUGCAGAAGAAUAUUGAGGAAGUCGACGAGUUUGUUGAAGCUGACAGUGACAUGGAUAGUGAUGAUAGUGAAUCUGGCAGAAAAGAACAUGCUGAUGUUGGAAGUGACUUUGAAUCAGAGUCAUCUGAUAUUGAGGACAUAUCGAUGAAGAUGGCAAGCAAGAAGCCGCGCGUUGAGAUCGAGUACGAAACAGAACCGGUGGCUAGUGUGUCGAGAAAGAAAAUAAAACUUUGAUACAACAAUUAA